GGGCAAAUGGGGAUGUGUGUUGUGGGGUGGGAGAAAGGAGAAGCAGAGAGAGAAAAAGGACUGGCAGUGAGAGGGGGGUUACCCUAUUCCACCUUUGGCUCUGACCCUGUUCCUGCCCCCUGCACCCCCCAGGGGAAUGCAGCCCGCAGCAGCAAAAAAAAGCUGCCCGUCUACCCUCAAGGUAGGAAAGUGCAAAUAUGAAGGGGGUGGCGGCAAGUGGUUGGCACGGCAGACUUAUUGCCUUUUUCUUGCCAUAAGACACUUUGUGUUCUCCUGGUUGAUAGGAAAGCCCUCUCUGAAUUAGAGACAGUGUGGUGUAGAAAUUAGUACAGGUGUGUUUAUUGGUUGUGGGUGUACCCCAAAUAGUGAGGCGAUGAAACCAAGAUGAUUGGGAAAAUGCUCAAAGCUUGAGAGUGAGGGGGAAGGGGAACUUUUGAUUGGCAGGUCUAGUUUUUAAUCAUGUGAAUUAUGUCCCCAGUGCACUCCAGUCACAGUGAUUUGGGGAGGAUGUGAGGAAGUAAACACAUGGGUCCAUUGUGUCAUGAGACAAUGGUUCUUGAGAGUAGAAGCAGGCAAGGCCUAGGCAGUGGCCUACACAAAUCUUUCAAGCCUAGCUGUUAGCAGUAAAAUGCUGUGUCACUGUGACUCGUGACUCAUCUUGGGUUCCCUAUAAAUGUAACCAGCCUUCAGAGUCUCUGCUCCGUUUGUCGUGUAGUGUGUGUAUGUGUCUCAGCCAGUAUGUUGUGUUGUUGCAGACAGAGUGACUUCAGGACUCCAGUUAAUCAGUAACCAAGAUCUGUGCCUCUGUGAAGAGUCAGCUAGCUAUUAUGAGCACUCUGUGUAUGCUCUUUGACUAUGCUGUUUAUGACCAAGUUUAUUUUCUUCAGUAAAAUUUUAUUCUGCUUCUGAAGAAGACUCAGAUUCUGCUUUGAUUAAUUUACAGCUGCGUGACACAUUGUUCUCCUGUUGGGCCAGUCUCUCUCAGUCCUACCCUGUAUUGCAGGAUUGUCAUGGAAGGGCAUGCAUAUAGCCCCAAACUCCUUGGUGGGAAGGGGAGAGUAACAAAAAAUACACAUCAGAGGAUAUAGUGUCUGGAGCAUGCGCUCACCUUUUUGAGAGCUUUCUGCACAGCAAAUCUGGGGGGAAGGGAGUUAUUCCCUUACCUCCUGUCCCACAAACCAACUUUCUCAUUAUUAUUUUUCAUCUUUCCGAUGUGGCUGUUCCAAGCAAUUGCUCCCAUGCAAUCCUAGCUUAACCAGCAGCAGAGAAACUAACAUUUGCACUUCAGAAUAUUCGGCAAUUAUUUCAUAUCAACACGGCUAAUAGCAAAUUCCGUGGGGGUUUCUUAGAUUUGCAAAUGAGUGUAUGAGGCCGUCAGUCAAAUUGCACCUCAUCAAAUAAACAUUUCCAGUAAUUGAAAUGAUAUGAAAUGGCUUCUUUUGAUGGGGGAAAAUGCAAAUAUAAUUUAGCAAAGCUACGAAUCCACAGCCUCCCACUUCUGUGGAUUUUCCAUGGACGGAACUGUACAUUUCUAUGUACAGACAAGCUAGUGGAAUAUUUCUCUCAUCUGCAGCGUGCCUUUCCACAGGGAGGAAAUGACUGUCCAUGCAUUUGCGCUCAUACAGGAGGCAGUGAGGACCAUCAAACUGGCUGGAUUUAAAAAGGGAUCAGACAAGUUCACGAUGGGGGUUAUGCUCUGCCUCAACGGACCAGGAAGGCAGUAUGCUUCUGAAUACUGGAUGCUGGGAACCAUAGAAUGGGGCGGUAUGGCUAUAUGUUGGUUGCUUGUUGACAACUGGGGGUGGGGGUUAAAUAAGAAUAUUGCCUUCAUGUACUGCUUAUAAGUGGCCUAGAAACGUCUGCCUGGUCCCUGUUAGAAACCUUCUUAUAGGAACCUUCUUAUAAAGCUUUGGUUUUCAGCUGGUGGUUUGGGACACAUUAUCUGGGGGGGGGGGGGGUAGCUUGAUCUAAGAAGCUUCCAGGUUGGAUCAGUGCAAGGCCCUCUAUAACAGGCCGUCCCUGAAGAUGACUUGGAAACUUCUGUUGGUUCAAAAGUUAGCAGCAGAUCCCUGACCGGGGUUUCCUUUAGCUCUCACAUAACACCUGUUUUAGUACAGCUGCCCUGGUUGUCAUUUGAGAUGUAUAUUCUAGGACCCACGUAUUUCUGCGGUUGUAAUUUGUUUUAGGCUGUUUUUAGCACUGUGUUCAAUGUUGCAACCCAUCCUGAGACCUUAGGGUGAAGGGUUGGUAAAUAAUAAUAAUAAUAAUAAUAAUAAUAAUAACAAUAAUAACAAUAAUAAUAAUGGUUGCAAAAGCAGCACUACCACCAUACAGAUAUAUGGCAAAAAAGAGGGAGGGAUGUUUGGUUAAAAGUGGUCCCUGAGUCUGAAAAGGCUGGAGACUCCUGCUACACAAACGACUCCAUAAAUUAACAGCCUCUUUCGUGGGCAGAUUGCAAUCAAGAUCAGCACAACAACAAAGCUUUAUUAUUUAUUAGCUUGGAUUUGAUUUGUGCUGCAGUGUGUAUGUGCAUGUUUGUGGUUGAAUGGGGGUCAAAAAAACCAAAGUCAAAUGUCCUGGAAGUUCCCUGGAUUAUGCUUCACCCCCCCCCCCCAGGUUUUCUUAUUUUGAUUUUUACAAAAAAGACAGACUGCUACUGAACAGAGCAAACAUUUUAAAGGAAUCAAAGCAGAUGCUCCUCUCAUUCUCUCUUCCCCCCCCCCCCAUUAUUUCUAGGACCGAGAGCAUUAAUUAAUUAAGCAAUGCAAAUGAGAAUUUCUCAGCAAAUUUUAAUCAGAGCUGUCACCUGCAAAAACAGUCCUAGGUGCUAAUGGCAUGGUAAACAAUUUAUUUCCCUCACUUGAUUCAGGAUGUGCUUAGCAGAAUUUUGUCAAGGACUGUUAAUAUUCCCUCCUGCUGUUCCAACAGGGGAAACAAUUUAAUAUUUUUCAGUGAGACAGUGGCCUAGUUUGCACAACUCAGUCCUCAUACAAGCAAGAAAAGAAGCUUGGAAGUCGCAGUGAAGAGUUAACCUGUGAGCCAGGAAUUAGAGUUCAUGGCUUCCAAGCAAGAUCUGCAAAUCAACUUUAAAUUAUGGUUUCGUAUUCUGGCUUGUUUACGUCACAAGCUACCAUUCUUGGUUUGCCCAGGAUGGGACGGCACGUUUGGUGUUCCCCAUAAGAGCACAAUAUCUUAAUAGAGUUCACUGCCCCCUCUUUGAUAUCACUGGAUGGAAAGAAAAGAUCGUUUCAGUUCACAUCUGAAGGUGAACUUACCUAAUUCACACUGUGCACAAACUUCAUCCAGCUAGUCCUUCCUGCUUCUGUCUUCCUUCCUCAACAUUCUCCUCUGCCUAUAAAGCAGAAUUGGCCCCAUCCACACGUUUCCACUGGGCUUAAACCCAGGCAGCAGGGGUGGGUGAGGAGCCAAACUGCCUCACUGUCUGGCCGAGACUCAUUGCACUGCUAUUAACUGCAAGUUCCUGGCUUGUUUCCCUGCUUAUGCAGUGGGAAAAGUAAAGGCGGCAGCAAAAGGGCUGUGUGAGGCUGGAUGAAGUUUCAAUCAUGCAAACUUGGCCAAUGAAAAAAAUUAUUUAAGCUUAUUUGUUCUUCAGUUAAUCAAAGAGAAAAGCAGGAGGAUUGACUAGUGGCCUGAUUUACACAUCCAAACAAAUGACUACAAAGCAAUCUCAUGCAUGUCUACUCGGAAACCGAUCCUGAUGAGUCCAAAGGGGCUUACUUGUAGGUAAGCAUGCAUAGGAUUGCAGCCUUAGGGAACACUGAUUAAGAGGAGGUCCAUAGCUCAGUAGCAUUUGCUUCAUAUGCAGACGGUUCCAGGUUCAAGUCCUGGCAUUUCCAAGUAGGGCAGCAAGAGACCCUUGUCUGAUAUCUUGGGGAGUUGCAGCCUGUCAGUGAAGGAAAUAUGGCCCCAGAUGUGCCAAUGGUCUGAGUCAGUGUAAAGCAGCUUCCUGUCUUCUUGAAUGUCCAAUGUCCACAAUCUUGCCUGUGUUUCCCUACAUGAUGUGCCAUUGUCAAAGGCCUACAAUGCUCAUCGUUGGUUUUGCUACUGGUUGCAUGGUUAUAUGAUGACUAAGUUGAAGAGAGGAAGUGCCACAAAUGUUCAGAAUCAGGGUGUAUAAACCUUUCAAUGGGCUGAUGCUUCCAAACAGGUUUUCAAGAAACCCAGUGGCAGAGCCCACCCAACCAUUAGCCUCACUGAGGCGGCAGGCUGGGGCAGCUGGAAGGGAUGGCAGCUCUGGAAAGAGGAAUUCCACUUCUCCUUUGGCUGUGAAUAGGAAUGGCUGCCAUUGCCACCAACCUAGUAACAGUCCCUCCGCUGCUGCCUGCUCCUGCCCAACCUAUUCCCCGCUGCCUUCAGCAUGCCAGGGCUUCCCUGGGCCACCUCCAGUUGCCCCAGGCAGUGGAAGAGGAGAAAGCAGGGUAUGCAGGGUAUGUGUGUGUUGUGUGUGUCCCAUUGUCUUGGGCUGGCCCUGCCCAGUGAUUCCAUCAAUGUCCAUGAUUUGGGUUUCAUUGCAAUAAAUGGAAGCUGUGCAAGAGCACCAUAGCUAGAGCAGAAGAAAUCCUAGGUGAGGUAUGUUUUCCCCGUGCAAUCCUAUGCACAUUUACUUGGAAGUAAGCCCAUUUUAAAGGGACGUGGGUUAAACCACACAGCCUAGGACUUGCCGAUCAGAAGGUCGGGGUUUGAAUCCCUGCGACGGGGUGAGCUCCCGUUGCUCGGUCCCUGCUCCUGCCAACCUAGCAGUUCGAAAGCACAUCAAACUGCAAGUAGAUAAAUAGGUACCGCUCCGGUGGGAAGGUAAACGGCGUUUCUGUGCGCUGCUCUGGUUCGCCAGAAGCGGCUUAGUCAUGCUGGCCACAUGACCCGGAAGCUGUACGCUGGCUCUCUCGGCCAAUAAAGCGAGAUGAGCGCCACAACCCCAGAGUUGGCCACAACUGGACCUAAUGGUCAGGGGUCCCUUUACCUUUUUAAGUCCAUUUUGAAGCUUACUGUCUAGUAAGUGUGUUUAGGACUGAAGUCUUACUGAUCUGGCUGAAGGCAUGUGUAUAAUCUAGUGGAAGACAUGGCUAUAACAAGGCGUUGUUGUUGUUUUUAAUUUCCAAAUAAAAUUGCAAAAAUAUUCCAGUUCACAUCUAGUUAGUGCAACAUCCAAUGAGAGCAACAUCCACUGUAUACACCAUGACAUGAAAGCAAACAGUCUUUGGCACUGAGGCACUUCAUCAAUACAGAGCAUCGACGACAUCAUCUGGCUGACAAUAAAACUUUACCUCAAAGUACAAUAAAAUUAAAAACAGAAGUAUGACACAGCACUCCUCUCAAUACAUCACACAGAAAGAGAAGUUAUCCAUACGUUAAUACAGUCAGACGCUUAGCAACAGUUUCAAACAGACCAUAAUAUCACAUUUAGAUUUUAAAGCAUCAAAUGCCUCCUGGCAACACUGGACCUUUCGAUGGGGGAGAUUUCCUAGAGCAGAAGACUAUCCAUGGCUACCAGCCAUGAUGGCUAUGUUCUACCUCUGCUGGGACUCCUAAGUUUGAAGAGUGCUGUUGUGCUUGGGCCCUGCUGCUGUGCUUGGGCUUCCCAUUGGCAGCUGGCUGGCCACUGUGAGAACAGGAUGCUGGACUAGAUGGGCCAUUGGCCUGAUCCAGCAGGCUCUUCUUAUGUUCAUACAGUAUCAUGAAAAAGGGAGGUCCCAAUACAGUGAGAGUUGUAGGAGACAAGAAGCCACAAGUAGUUACUACAAUUUUCAAGUAUAAAUAUCCCGAAAUGCAACGUUCGUCAAUCUUGGCCAGCCUACAGCUCUCUGGCUGUUUUAGACUUCAAUCCCCAUUCACUUUGGCAUGUGAUUGAAUCUUUAGUACAAAAUAGCCAGAGGGCACCAGGUUGGUGAAGCCUGAUAGUAUCACAUGCCGAAAGGAAAGGCUAUCCAAAUAUUUACUGAGAUACGUAGAAUGGUCUUUUAAAGACAACCUUUCAACUAUAACUGAAAGACGCCUGUUGUUGUCAUCACAGGGUGAGAAAAGUCUGUAUAAGGAUUCCCUGUAAGGACCUUGUUCAGCAGUUGACCCUCUGUGGGAUUCACAGCUCAAUAGUUCAGUCGGAAGAGCAUGAGACUCCUAAUCUCGGGGUUGCAAGUUUGAGCCCUGUGUUGAGUAAAGUAUUCCUGCAUGGCAGGGGGUUGGAUAAGAUGACCUUUAUCAUCCCUUCCAACUCUGCAAUUCUAUGAUUCUGUGUCUGUGGGAGAUAAACACCCUGUGUCAGAUGCGGACGACACAUCUUGUCCCAACAACCCAUUCUUUUCAGGCACCCUUCUGGGGGCCAUAUGCCAGUGUUGGUGGUGCCUGGGUACUCUGCCAGGUGGGCAGAGCAGCUCUUGUAAAUUUUAUCCUUGGACAGUAAGCUAGUUUUUUUCUACAUUUCAUUUGCCUGGACAAUCUCAUGGUUCAAGAAGAUAUCCCAGUCAGGCAAGGACACUCAAGGAAGAUGAAGAGGGCCAGGGGGGGGGGGGCUGCAGAGAAUCCACAGGGCCAGAGAGAGAGGCUUGGGAGGCAGCAUUCGGCCCCUGACAUGGUGGAUUGCAGGUAUUAGGUAUACACUGCCUGUUCCAUUUCAAAGCUUAGGAGCUUUUAUAUUAGGAGUGCAAAACUUGUGUCCCAGCAAUCUGAGGACAGCCUGUGACACCAACCUUUGUCUUACGGCCUGCCAGAUGUCUGACACCAGCCAAACAUUUACGGUCUCAGAGGAAAAAGUUGGGUUUAUCAAGCCCCCAGUGGACUUCUAUUCACAGCUAGGUUAGACUGCUUUCUGCUUGUUUUGCUGAAAUUAAGCCCAACAUAGAACUAGUCUCCAUUUCUGAAAUUGCUAUGUCCAUGUCCAUGUGAAAAAGAACCCUCCCUCGUUUUCCUCACCUAGGGAAGACUCAAUCCACAGAGUUAUUUCAGAAGCCAUGCUCCUUAUUAGAUGACAGAGCUCUACAAAUGACCUGGAAAUGUUACUCUAGGGGCAUAUGAUGGUUUUCUAUUAGGUAACAUUAUGUACCUUAUUCCUUCUUGACUCAAAUUGAUAGAAGAAAAUUUAAUCAGGGCUUUUAAAUAAUUUAAUUCUAAUAGGUAGUCUGAUGAAAUGAGCAUUAAGAAUUUAAACGUAGAAGCCCAGUGUCAAGCUCUUCUGUAAAACAUGCAUCAAUUAGAUACAGAUGUAGCUUUUGAAAAAUAUACCUUGAUUCACAGGUGCACAAGAUGGAGCCUGGAACCACAGCAACCUUUCGUGACAGAAAACUGGUAAGUCAGAAAUUGUCAUGAGCUGAUGGGGUCUGUGGAUAGCUGCCCCAUGUGGCGAGAACAUGAAGUUCAGGUGACAGUUUCUCCGUGAAACACAAACAAGCCUGAACUAACUCCAUUCACUUAAACUAGUUAGAAAGGAACAUGAGACAGUGUCCUAUUCCAGUUAGCCCUUUUGAGCAACAAGGUCUUCCUGAGCUCCUGGCUCACCUCAGAGUCCUGCCCACAGCCCCAUCCUAACACAUAGACCAACUUUUAACAAUCUAAUUUUGUUUUACCUUCUAACUUGCCUCCCUCUGUUAUGUCCAUAGCUGUCAACCUUCCCUUUUUUUGUGGGAAAUUCCCUUAUUCCAGCGCCGUUUCCCGCUGCUAUCCCAGAUUGUUAGAUAUCCCGUAGACUGUCCCCAGGACAGGUGAGACUGCUGAUCCCUUAUUUUCAAGGCUGCUGAUCCCUUAUUUUCAAAUCUGAAAGUUGACAGCUAUGAUUAUGUCAUCUGUGCAGUCCAUAAUUUCCUCUCAAUAGGACUAACUUCCAGAACUUAAGUCCAGUUGGAGGCAGCAUCACCUUGGAGGUCAAACUGCAAGGAGGUAAGCCAUAGGCGGGGGGAGAAUUUUGUGCUCCUCACAAAGGCAAGGGGAAUAUUUCACGCUCCUCACCCGCAAGUCCCAUUUGCUCUUAAAACUGGAACACUACACUGUAUGCCUGGAGAAUGCCUGGCUUUCAACAGACAGAUCUGCUGUCCACACACCUCUUCAGCUCAACUACGAAGUGGGUGUGGGUGUCUCUUUAAACGAAAAAGGGGGAAAGGGCAGGCGGAAAUAAAAUUGCUUGUAUUUCCUUGUUGCACUUUGUUGUUUUGGACAGCCCGCCCAACUCCAGCUCUGAUGCCACAAGUGAGAAUAAAGGAUAAAUUAGCUGGCCUGUCACAUCUUGUUCAGAUGCUCGAGCAGGUAUUCAAGCCCUUUCUCCGUGUUUAAAGAAAUCAUUAUGACAAAAUGUAAGAGCUGCAUCACAGUAUUUUGGAUACAACAAUGAGGAGGUAAAACUGUUU